UUAGAUAUAUCAACCAUGUGUUAUCCGGGGACAGGAAAAAGACACACCGUCGCCGACGGUUCAGGAGAAAGCGCGAUUAAAAUGUCACGGUGCACCCUCACCGCUCUCCGUGCGAUGCCCGCUGAACGCCGCCCGCGUUGCGCCAUUUUGAAAUGCUGGGAGAGGCAGAGGCGAGGGAAAUCUCAAAGUGGAGUGCAAAGUCUAACAGCCAGAUUCCGGUUUACUCCCCUUAGUUUAAAGCAGUUACACGCUGUCAACAGCAACUGGGACGACGAAUUUUGCGGUCUUUGCAGGUCGUACGAACGGCAGCGCUGCUGGUUUAACUUCCUGCUCGGUCAGAACCACUCGGCCGACCCGGGUCAGCACGGCUCCUCUUCAGGGCCCGAGCCCGCUACAUAGUUACUCCGUCUCCGUCUCUCGCCAUGGCAGGGGCCGGUGGUGGGAACAGUGACGUGCAAUGGUGCUUUUCCCAAGUCAAAGGAGCGAUAGAUGAUGAUGUCGCUGAAGCUGACAUCAUAUCUACUGUUGAAUUCAACCACUCUGGGGAGCUUCUCGCCACUGGGGACAAAGGGGGCCGCGUGGUCAUCUUUCAGCAGGAGCCAGAGACUAAGAAUCAACCACAGUGCAGAGGAGAGUACAAUGUUUACAGCACCUUCCAGAGCCAUGAACCUGAAUUUGACUACCUAAAAAGCCUUGAGAUCGAGGAGAAGAUCAACAAGAUUCGAUGGUUGCCCCAGAAGAACGCAGCACAGUUCCUUUUGUCUACAAAUGACAAAACCAUUAAGCUGUGGAAAAUUAGUGAGCGAGACAAGAGACCAGAGGGCUACAAUUUGAAGGAAGAAGACGGGCGUUACAGAGAUCUCAAUACUGUCACAACGCUACGGGUACCAGUGUUCAGGCCCAUGGACUUGAUGGUGGAAGCCAGCCCGAGACGCGUGUUUGCGAAUGCGCAUACCUACCAUAUCAACUCCAUCUCAGUCAACAGUGAUUGUGAGACAUACCUGUCUGCAGACGACCUGCGCAUCAACCUAUGGAAUCUGGAGAUCAACGAUCGCAGCUUUAACAUCGUUGACAUCAAGCCAGCCAACAUGGAGGAGUUGACGGAGGUGAUCACGGCAGCAGAGUUUCACCCGAACCAAUGUAACACUUUUGUCUACAGCAGCAGCAAGGGCACCAUCCGCUUGUGUGACAUGCGGGCGUCUGCUCUGUGUGACCAGCAUGCCAAACAGUUCGAAGAGCCAGAGGAUCCAAACAAUCGUUCGUUCUUCUCUGAAAUCAUCUCAUCCAUCUCUGAUGUGAAGUUCAGCCACAGUGGACGCUACAUGAUGACACGAGACUACCUGUCUGUCAAAAUCUGGGAUCUCAAUAUGGAGUCCCGCCCCGUAGAGACAUAUCAGGUGCAUGAAUAUCUCCGGAGUAAAUUGUGUUCCCUCUAUGAGAAUGACUGCAUCUUCGACAAGUUUGAGUGCUGUUGGAAUGGGAACGACAGCGUUGUGAUGACCGGUUCCUACAACAACUUCUUCAGGAUGUUCGAUCGGGGCUACCGGCAGGACGUGACCCUCGAGGCGUCGCGUGAGAACAGCAAGCCUCGAUCUGUCCUGAAGCCGCGUAAAGUAAGCACAGGUGGGAAGCGCAAAAAGGAUGAGAUCAGUGUAGACAGUCUGGACUUUAACAAGAAGAUCCUCCACACUGCCUGGCAUCCUCUGGACAACAUCAUUGCUGUGGCCACCACCAACAAUCUGUACAUAUUCCAGGAAAAACUGAACUAGCAUUUGUUGAGUUGCUCAGAUCUGUUUUGGCUUGAGCCCCACUGCUCUGAUACACAAAUGCAAACAAUAUAUUUGUCUGUCCUAAAUCCCCAAAUCUUGAUAAGAUCUGCCCUGGGUGACUUUGGUAUUAAAAGUGACUUGCUCUGUCAACAACAAACGGCGGCAUAAACACGCCCACGCGGGCCGUCACACAGACAUGUUUCGUGCGUAUGACAGUAUAAACAUGCAGGGGUUGUAAAGUCAGGACUUUGGGAUUUAGUUUCACGGGUUUUCUCCAGCAGAAGGACUCAGUACACUAAGCUACCAACUCCACUACAUCCCAGACCAAAGGGAAAAUGUGUGUUUAAUACACGUUUGGCUCGAUUGUUUCAUUAUUCUGUUGUGCCAUGGUGACAUGAUUCAUGUGUAUGUCUCGGCAACAAGUCAUCGAGAUUCUGUCGCUGCCUAGUUUAAUUAGCUUGAAAUAGGAAAUUCUUUCUACCGUUUAUACGUCUUUCUGUCACCAAGUCCCUUUUGUGCUGGCCAGAAACACUGCUAAUACAAACUGUCAACACUCCAUUUUUGCCCCAAGUAUUUGUCAAGUUGCCAAGCUCGCUCACCACUUUCUAGUGUACAGUAUAGUAAUCCCGUUAAAGGACUAUUCUGGUGUUUUAGCUCAUUCUCUGCAAAAAGAUGACACUGAAUUACCCAGCGUGCCAUUACUUACUGGAGGAUUUAUAUAAAUUUCUCUACAGUUAGAAAGUCAACUUACUGCAAACUUGACAUGUAUUCCAACACAGUGAACUGUUGAUUAAGUCAAAGUAAUUGUUUUAAGAGAUUACGUGUUGCAUACAAGAGAACUCAUGCAUAUCUUAACAUCUGGCAAUGAGCAAGAAACGAGGACAUUCUCCUUUUUAUCACCCAAACAACACCCAUGUUUCUGAUACAACAGCUCGUACGUGUGUUUGCUUUUAAUGCUGGAGUGUCCUCUACAUGUCAGCAUCAGGUUUCCAAACCAAUCUCUGCUCUCAAGUACGUUACUAAGAUUCAGUUGAAUGUUCCUUGUGAUGACUCAUUUCAAGCAAGUUUCAAGCAUGUAAGUUGGCUCUCUUUGUGCAUUGAAAUGAAUACUCUGAGGAAAGUGCACCGCAGUAUUUAGUCUUUGUCAUUUCUAGUUAAUGGCCAAAAACAAAACACCAAGUUAGUCCAUUUAAGUGAAUUUGAGUUGAAUGUCAUCUCACAAUACAAAAAGUAACCAGUCUUAUGGACUCUAAAGUUUUAUUCAUUUAAAGCUGUCUUACAGACAAAGCGGCCGGUCAUAGGUGGACCACCAUUUAAUGCUCAGGAGAAACGCUUGUAGUCAGGAGGGGAAAAUGUUGUGACGUUGCCUAAAUCUCGUGUCUGGUGGCACCAAAAUUGAGCCCUGAUUGCCGACGUCCCCACAAAGUCUGUCGUGUUGUUGCAGAUUGAUCGAUAGCUUUAAUCUCUGGAUCUUGUUUCUGUUGGAAGAGGUUUUUUCUUUUCUUUUUUUAUGAUGUUUUGUACUGUACCUGAUGAUAAAAGAAGAAUAAUCACUUUAGCUGAUUUAUUUUUGUAUAAAUUAAGGCAAUAGGAUUACAGUCUGAUCACUGUAGAUUCUUUAUCUGUCUGUCUCGGGGCGAUUGUAGAUGGAAGGUCACCGGAUGCGGUUUCCUUUUUGUCAUGACUCUGGGACAUUAUGUUCAUUCAAGCGGGUAUUUCUUUAAAAGCUAAAGACUUUUGUGACAUCAAGGAAAUGUGACGUUUCUCACGUGAGAUGUCCAAAGAAAAGUACUUGAAGCACUACAAGUUUUUUUUUUUUUUUUUUUAGUUUUUUUUUUUUAUUUGGCCGACCUGUAAAUUAUUUUUAUUUUUAGAGGUUUUUAUUUUUGUGCUCGCUGUGAAAGACCAGGCCUUUUUUGGAUUGACUUGGGAAAGACUUUUUAAAUCAACACACAACUGUUCAAAUGUGUUUCUUUUAAGCUAGUUAAUUCAGUUGAGGAUGCAGUGAGUUAUUUUCAAUUAUUGUAGGUCUUCUCUCCUGUGAUGCAGGAGGAUACAGAUUUGUUUAUUUAAAGAGAAUCUGGGAACCACACGGUUUGCAGACUGUUUUGUGUAGGUGGUCAUUGAUGACUAUUGAACAUGGAGAGGAUACUUUAAAUAAUGAAUUCUGCUAUUUCUCUGCUACAUUUGGCUUCAUUCACACACUGCUGAUUUUCUCCUUUGGCGCCGACAGUUUUGAUUAGAGCACAGCUUGCCAGUCCAUUAAAAUUAUGUUUAGAUGACAGAUUAAGCCAUUGAAUUAGGCCUUGAAGCAUUUUGGUCAUUAUGAAAGUUAAUGGUUCGCUCCCACCUUUUUUAGAGAUAUGAAAUCCCAUCAGUAGGAUGCCGCCCAAACAACCAGCCAUCUUCAUUUGAUGGUUCUAAGCUUGAUUGUCACUUUUUUCAAAUCUUUUCUUUUUGGGUAAAAAAAAUGUAUUUAAUAUCUGAUGCAAGUUUGUGUGCGGGUGAUUUGCCUCAUGUUAUAUAUGCAUGAACCUGUGUAACGUGGCACCGGGGUUGUCCACGAACCAGCCAAUCAACGAGGAUAGCUGUCCACUCAAAAUACAGGGUGAGCAAUCUCAUAUUGUCCCAUCAUUAAAAGGAAGCACUCACUUUUAUUCAAUAACCAUUCUUCUUACAAUCUGUUGAGAAACAUUUUGAAAAAAUACAGAAAUUUGUAUAAAAAUGAUGCACCAGAAUUUUUGUGAAAGCCGUUAUGAGGUUUCUUUUAUUUAAUUCCCUGUUCUGCAGGUCCAGCAGAGGUGCUCUGUCUGUUCUAGAGCAUUACUGCAAAACGGUCAAUGUCUUUCAUAUUAUCUUCAUAGCUAUUGUUUGAGGCUAAUCCAUGAAAAGAUGUUCAGAAGAACCAUAAUGCCUUUCUUAUAGCCUAAAGAUGGAAGAUAAUCAAGUAGGUUUCUUGGACUUUCUGGUCUGCCAGACAGGAGACUGCUCAGGGGAAUUUACCGCUGCUCUGUGAUCAAAAUCUCUACCUUUAAAAACAAAACAAAAAAAACACAGCUUUUCAGGAUUUUUAUUAAAAACUGCCUUUACAAGUAGAUCUACACUUUUUGAAAGUAGCUAUGUUUUUUUUGAACGUCAGAAAAACUUGCUUUCAACACAUCAGUGCAGGGAAACCGCCCAAAUUGGAGUUAUGAGGUUUUUCCCACUUGAAGCAGCAUUAUAUACAUGUGACCCGGGAGUUAGAACAAAAAUGCACUUUUUUAUUUUUGUGAAUUUCAUUUUGUAUUUUUAUUUUUUAUUUUUUUCAAGGGGUUCUUGAAAAAGGAUUGGGAGUUUGGGGGGGGGGGGGCAUAAAUAAAAAAUGGUUCAUUGUACAACUAUGUUUAUCUUUGUCAAAUGGAAUAUAGAACCAUUUAGAUGAAAAGUAAUAAAGAAUUUCAAACCUCAA